AUGACAGCAAAGAGAGUCCUGUGUGUGCCGGAGGGUCUAGAGCUCAUCUAUACACCACCCCCCCCCCCCCCCUCCUCAGGAGCCCUGGUGGACCAGGCGGUCUUCGAGGAGCUGAUCCGGGACCACCUGCCCCAGCUGGUGGAGCACAUGGCGGACCUGAGCUUCUUCUCGUCGGUGUCGCUGUCCUGGUUCCUCACGCUGUUCGUCAGCGUGCUGCCCAUCGAGAGCGCCGUCAACGUGGUGGACUGCUUCUUCUACGACGGCGUGAAGGCCAUCCUGCAGCUGGGCCUGGCCGUGCUGGGCGCCAACAUGGAGGCCCUCAUCAGUUGCCACGACGACGCCGAGGCGGUCACCAUCCUCAACAAAUUCUUCGACAGCGUGACCAAUAAGGACAGCCCCCUGCCGCCCACGGUGCAGCAGGCGUCGCUUAGCAACAGCGACCGGUCCUCCCACGCCACCGUGGACAUCAGCGAGUUGAUCCGGGAAUCCUACGAGAAGUACGGCAGCAUCCGCUCGGAGGACGUGGAGAGCUCCAGGAAGAGGAACAAGCUGUUUGUGAUCCAGACCCUGGAGGACACCACCAAGCAGAACGUGCUCCGCGUCGUGUCACAAGAAGUCAAAUUCAGCGCCUCACAGUUGGACGACCUGUACUACCUGUUUAAGAGGCAGCACUUCCUCAGCUGCUACUGGAUGAUCGACAGCCCGGCGCUGAUGCACCACGACCCCAGCCAGCCGUACCUGGACCAGUACCAGCUGGGCUUCCAGCAGUUCAGCCUGCUGUUCUCCCUGCUGGAGCCCUGGGCGGCCUGCUCCGCCACCCACAGCCUCUCGCUGUGGGUCUGCCGGCUCAUCGACCACAACCAGGACGGCCUCGUCAACUUCAAGGAGUUCUGCUCCGCCCUGGACAUCUUUUACCACGGGUCCUUCACCGACAAGCUGAAGUUCCUCUUCAAGCUGCAUCUGCCUCCAGCGUUUGAGCUCCCAGAGGAUGGUGUGAUCAGAAAGAGUCCUGAAAGAGGGAGAGGGAAGGUGGACCUGCAGGCCUACCUGAAACAGUGGCAGGACGAGAUCCUGAAGAAGGAGGAGACCAUCAAAGACCUGCCCAGAAUCAACCAGGCCCAGUUCAUCCAGCUCUCUAAGACCAUGUACAACCUGUUCCACGGCGACCCGGAGGAGGAGGAGCUGUACCGCGCCGUGGCCCGCGUCACCAGCCUGCUCCUCCGCAUGGAGGAGGUGGGGAGGAGGCUGCAGGAGCCCGCCAGCCCCCAGAAGACCCCCCCGGCUCCCCCCGCCGGUCCCCCCGAGCAGGGGGAGGGGGAGGGGGAGGGGGAGGAGCAGAGGGAGGAGCAGAGGGAGGAGCAGGCCUCCUCUUCCUCCGCUGUGCAAAAGGACUCCCCCACCUCCUCCUCUUCACCCUCCACGGUGCAGAAGGACUCGCCCACCUCCUCCCCCGCCUCUUCCUCCUCCCCCGCCUCUUCCUCCUCCCCCACCUCCUCCCCCACCUCCGCGGUGCAGAAAGACUCCCCCUCCUCCUCCUCCCCCCCCCCCACCUCCGCGGUGCAGAGGGACUCCCCCGUCUCCGGCGAGGUGGACUGGUCCUUCUCCUUCGAGCAGAUCCUGGCCUCGCUCCUCAACGAGCCCAAGGUGGUGUUCUUCUUCGAGCGGCCCGUGGACGCGGACGCCCGGCUGGCCCACGCCCGGGCCCAGCAGCUCAGACCCAGGGCCAAGUGAGGCGCCCCGGGGUGGGGGCGUCCGGUCGGUCCGCAACCCUCCAUCCCCCCCUUUGAGGACCACGGGGGCUGUGGUCCCCCCCCUCCGGUCGGUAGACCCUCUCACUCAAACCAGCAGCCCGGGUCCUGAAGUCCGACCGCGCUCUUUGUGGUCCGCGGGUUCGAGUUCUCCCUGAGAACGCCAGCCGCGUCGCCGCCCGACCACUCGCCACGGAGAGGAACCGCGUGCUCUCCGUCUCCGGCCCCCUUGUUGCUACGGCGACCGAGUCCGAAAAAAACACAGUGAACGGAUGGACGCGGUGAGUCACGCCGGCUCCAGCUUCUCCCGUGAGUCAUCGCGGUGAGUUGUCACGUUCCCCGGAGCCAAGGAACGCCAGUGAUCUGUUAUUACUGACCUUCACUAAAACAGGAUCUAAAGAGAGGAGAUAAUUAGUGAACAAUUCCAGCCCACCUUUAAAAAAAAAUCUAUUUUCGAUUUGUUGAUUAAUUUCUGACUAGCACCUGCCGUCGUUUGAUAUGUAGACAAGGUUUGGAAACGGGAUCUGGUGUACAUAGUCUGGUUUGGAGACCGGAUCUGGUGUCCUAGUCUGAAUACGUAGAUCAGGUUUGACACAGGAUCUGGUGUCCUAGUCUGAAUACGUAGAUCAUGUUUGGAGACAGGAUCUGGUUUAUAUAGUCUGAAUACGUAGAUCAGGUUUGAAGAUGGGUGUUGUACAGGUUGAUGUAACUCCACCGGCCAUAUUAGAUGUUCAGUGUUGUCAAUGAGUUACGAUGUGAGGCUUGAGCAAUAACUCGUGGAACAGCAAAGGCUAUACUAAUGGCACAAAAGUUAUGGCACAAAACUGCCAUCUCAUGUCCGAGACAGGUAAUGGUAGUUUGAGAAAGAAGUUGGGGUUAAGAAAUCACUUGUUUCUCCAUGGUAACCUUGUGUAAGUAGAGUGAUUAGCCAAUCAAAAAUCGACCCCUUGAGUGACAUCACAAGUGGGAGUGUUCCAUCCAGAUGCAUGAUGGGGAAGAUCAUGCAGUUGGGCAUGAACCGUGGUGGACUUUCCUACUGGUGAUGUCACUAUGGGUAGGUUUGGGGGUAAAAAGGGGCAUCCACUUCUUGGAUUAUGCAUCGUAUGUUUUCUCAUUGAAGCUCCAAAGGGAAUGCAUGGCUGAACCACGUACUGUUGAAGCGCUUUACGUUCUCGUUAUGCUCCUGUGUUGAAGAGCGUUUCCUUUGAUAACUGUCGUCGAGACUCGAGCUGGGAUCUUUGUAUUUUUUAUGGCAUGAGUUUGUGGUUUGCCUUCCGAAACACUUGCACUUUUGUGUCAGUAUGUCGCAGCGUACGUUCAGUGUCUGUUUUGCUCACGUCUCAGGGUGAAAUGUAAUUGGUCGGAUUUGGAUUUUUGGGCUGGCUGUGUUUUUGUUUCAUUUCAAAUUAAAAGCCCCCCCUGUAGGGUCCUUACAGGGCUGUGAUCCAUGCUGAGUGCUGACCGCAGAAGACAAGAUGAGCCCGGUUACCGUCGGUUAACCAGACACUCUUCACUUAUUCAGUCUUCUGCGUUCACAUUUCCAGUUUUAUAUGUGUUCUAUGAAUUCCCAGAUUUUGUUGUCAAAAGUAAAAUGUGUUGCAGAGUUGUACAUUAAGAGCUUGGAGUCAUAUCGCCGUGGAAACUUUGGAUCCCAAACAUUCCGAAUCACUUUCAGAGAUUUAUGCAAAGAAAUGUAGAAGUAUAGAAACGUAGAAAAGAUAGGAACAUAGAGGGAUUUUAGGAGAAAUAGGGAUCUUCAUCUAACUCAUUAAAGCACACCCCUCAUAGCAUGUAGGACCAUGUGGAUGGAAUAUACAUAUUUAUAUAUAGAAAUAUCUAUAUUGAUAUAUGUAUUAUAUGUUCUUACCAUGUGAACAGUAACGAUUCUGUUGUCGGUCGACUGAAAACCUGCCUUGGGUAAAAGAUGUAUAUGUGUAUCUAUAAAUAAAUAUAUAUAAUAAGGAUAUGAAA